AUGGAGAACCAAACCAGUGCCUCAGAGUUUAUUUUUUUAGGACUUUCCAAGGACCCCCAGCUGCAGAUUUUCUUCUUUCUGGUAUUCUCCACCAUUUACCUACUCACCUUGUCAGGAAACCUGACCAUCAUUCUGGUCAUAAGAAUGGACCCAUCCCUUUACACACCCAUGUAUUUUUUUCUAUCUCACCUGUCUUUUGUUGACAUCUGUUAUUCGACUGAUAUUGUCCCUAAAAUGUUGGUGGAUCUGAUGACCAAGCGGAAGACAAUAUCCUUCGUCGGCUGCCUUACACAGAUGUUUUUCAGCCUUCUGUUGAGUGUCACAGAAGUUUUCAUUCUGUCAGCCAUGGCUUAUGACAGGUACACCGCUGUGUGUCACCCUCUGCACUACGUUGCGAUCAUGAACAAAACCAUAUGCACUUACUUGGUGAUGGGUGCAUGGAUAAUGGGCUUCCUUUUUGCAAUAAUAAACACAGUGCCGACAUUAAACGUACACUUCUGUGGCUUCCAUGAAAUCAGCCACUUUAGCUGUGAACUUCCACCACUCCUGAAAUCAUCUUGUUCUGACAUUUUUAUGAAUAAUGUGAUUCUUUUUUCUUCUGUUGCAAUGUUUGGACUUGGAUCUUUCCUACCAACCCUAGUCUCUUAUAUUCACAUAAUCUCCACCAUUCUGAAGAUCCGCUCUGCAAAGGGUAGGAGCAAAGCUUUUUCUACUUGUAGCUCCCACCUCAUUGUGGUUGGCUUAUUAUAUAUGACGGGGAUGUCCCAGUACAUGAAACCCAGCAAAGUCUCUUCCAUGAUAUUGGAUGAGAUCUUCUCCAUCCAGUACAGUAUUGUGACUCCCAUGUUGAACCCUAUUAUCUAUAGUCUGAAAAAUAAGGAAGUGAAAAGAGCUCUUGGGAAAAUAUUUGGACACAAGUAA